AUGAAAGAUUACCUUAUUUUUAAGAAAAUCUGUAAAAAGAUAUUUUUAAUUGGUUCAGGAAAUUUCUGGUACAUAGAUGGAGAAAUUGGUGAUGAUAAUGAUAUUCUUUAUAAAAUAUUAAAUUACACUUUACUUCUGGUCUACGUAUUAAUGACUUUGUUAGAAAUAAUGGCUGCUCUAAUUGGUGACUUUCCUGAGGACGAGAAAAGUGAUUCGGUUACGUUCGCAGUGAGCCAUACAAUUGUAAUGAUAAAAAUAUUUUCUGUUAUAUCGAAUAAAAAAUUAAUAAAAAAGUUGAUCCAUGAUCUUAUAAAAGUUUGCGAGGUUCACGAAGAGGAAUGUUUAAUGGAGGAAAAAUACAGGAUUAUGAAGAUCAAUGUUAUCGCUUACAUUGUAACUGUGUACGGCUCAGCCGCUUGUUUUGUAUUUGAAGGCCUAAGAAAGAUGUUUGACGGUUCUCAUUUCGUUACAGUUGUAACAUACUAUCCACUUUUUGAAGAUAACUCUUUUUUAGCCACACUAUUGCGAAUGUUUAUGACAAUUAUUCUGUUUAUGAUGCUUAUAACUAUGAUAGUAAGCGUGGAUGGCUUUACUGUGGUCAAUCUUAUAAUGUAUAAGUACAAAUUCAUAACACUUAGAAAUUACUUCGAAAAAUUAAGACGAGAAUUUGAUGAAGCUCUUAAAAAUCAGAAGUCUAGAUUAGCUGCAGAAAGAUUAUCAAAAGGUCUCAUUGAAGGCAUUAUAAUGCACAAGGAACUUUUAAGGCUUUCAAAAGAAAUUGAUAAAGCAUUUGGAACCGUUAUGGCCUUGCAAUUAUGUCAAAGUUCUGGAUCCGCCGUUUCUCUAUUACUCCAAGUAGCACUUUCAGAUCAACUAACGCUUGUAGCGAGUAUGAAAAUAAUAUUCUUCGUGGUUGCUUUAUUUUUGUUACUGGGAAUUUUUCUUUGCAAUGCGGGAGAAAUAACCUAUCAGGCCUCCUUGCUAUCGGACUCAAUUUUCUACUGCGGCUGGCACUUAUGUCCAUCUCAAUUUCCACAACGACGCAAUCUCGGGCAGCUCGUGCUCCAAGCUUGCGCUCAGGCUCAGCGACCACUCAUCAUGAAGGCUUUUAAGAUGCUAGAGCUAACUUACGGAACGUUCCUUUUGGUCGUUAGAGGAACUUAUUCAGUGUUUGCAUUAUUUUAUGCGCAAAACCAA